AUGGUGCGCCGCUUGGAGGCUGCCCCGCCUCAGAAAGGCCGCCGAAAGGGACUGUCUGAGUUCGUGGACCUCUGCUGUGCAGGGAGAACCCGGCCCAAUCCUCAUGUCAAGGUUGCCUACGAGCACAAUCGGAAGGUCUUUCAGAAACAGAGAGGUCCAUGCACCCACAUGUAUGACAUGGCCAAAGGCUACCCGGGGAACCCGCGAGUCUUUGAGCCAGAUCCUCGCAUCUCGAUGCCUGCAGGCCAGAUUCCUAGACCGUGGACUCCUACGCCCACUCCCGUGCGGCCGCCGUCCGCGCCACCAGUGCAGGGCGGCAACCGCAUGAGGCGACCGCAGCAUCCGACUCCGGCCGUCAGCCCGAACAUCGGGAGCACGACCGCAGCCUCAGACGAUUGCAGCUCCGCCCUCCGCUCUGGUGGCUGGCAGCUGAUUAGAGGCAAGUGGACUCUCUGUGCAAGCCCGACUACUUGCAUCCACGAGCGAGCUGACGUCAGCGCUUGCAUCGCAGGCGUGUGUGCGCCUGACCCCCUGAUUUUCCACUACUUUUCCAGGGCCAGCUGCGGGCCCUGCAUGCACCGGCCCAAUGGCCAGAAACCCAAGGAGAGGCCAGCCCCGACUGGAAAUCAGCUGGUCACCUUCGAUGCCCAGCUGGCAAAGCAGCAGGAGGAGGCUCAGCUCGCUAAGGAGCGACCCAAGAAGAACGACUACCUGGAUGUUUACACCGGCCCGAAGGUGAAGUGGGAAGACACGGGCCUGUAUAAGGCCCUUGUCAAGUCCCAAGACAUCGAGGAAGAGCUUACGAAGAUCCGGAAUCUGAUCCGCAAACGAACAGAUCCCGGCUACGAGCCGAACGAUGAGGCGGACUUCAAGGUGGCACCCAUCCGGAAGUUCGACUCGAAGAAUGACUACUACAAGCUGCUAGAGGUGGAUGACUUCGCAUCGGUCAAGGACAUCAAGGGUGCCUACAAGCGCCUGGCCCUGCAGUACCACCCGGACAAGAACAGGGACAAGAAGCCCGACAAGCUCCGGGAGAUGCAGGACGAGUUCGAGAAGAUCCAGGAGGCGUACGAGAUCCUCUCAGAUCGCGCCACGCGGCGGCAGUACGACCGCGCCCGCUUCGACGAGGCAAGAGCCAAGUCCCAGGGGAUGAACUCCUCCUUCUACUCGCAGAAGACGAACAGUGACUCGAACUUCUGGGGUCGCUGGUCCGGGAAGAAGGAGGGCCGAAGCGAAGGUGUCAACGCGCAGGAGGUUCAGAACCUGCUGAAGUCCAAGGCUCCGAAGCUGCCGAAGGCCGCCGCCCUCCGCCUUGAGAUCAAGAUCUCCCUGGAGAAGGCGUUGAGAGGUGGCUUGAAGAUCCGAGAGGUCAAGCGGGAUCGGAUGCAGCGGGCCUUCGGAGGGACGAAUCAGAACCUGAAGACCGUGAAUAUCAAGAUCGACCCGGGCCAAGCCGACGGGAGCGAGUACAGGUUGGAAGGAGAUGGCCAUUGGCCAAGCUUUAACACCACUCCAGGUGACUUGGUCGUGGUCUUCAGGCACAAGCCACAUGCAUUUCUCCGGCAGUCUAACAAAGAGACCGGUGCUCUACAGCUGGCGAUGCCGCUGACGGUCCGUGCAAAGGCCACGGACCCGGUUCUGUCUGCGUGGUCGCCGACGUUCAAAGGAAGUAUGGUGUUAAUACGAUUCCAGAACCCUUUGCUGAAGCUGGCGCCGAACAAGGCGUGUAAUGUCACUUUUGUGAUCGAUGGUGAGGGCUUGCCGGUGCCCGGAGACGCCACUCGUCGUGGGCCCCUUGGUGUGACGGUCCACAUACAGUUGGAUGGCAAUCCACUGGUGCCAUCAAUGAAUGCAGCCUGCUGCAAGGAUGUCGUGGCGAAGCGACAUCUGAAGAACUACAACCACCAAGCACACCUCAGGGUUAGCAUGUCAAACCCUCGUGCUGCUGGAUUCCCCGUGCGGAAGUUCGUAGCCGGAGAUGCCAAAGAGCGCGGUGGACUGCGCCUGGGGCUGGCCUCAGUGGCAGUCAUCUGGGAGUCGUCGCCGGGAACGGAUCCGGUUGCUUUCGGCAAAGCCGCGGCAGCCCUGGGCCAUCAUGCCCAGCUAAAUCCUCAAGGCUUUGGUUGGUGCUGCAACACCGGGCUCCUGAGGCAGGCCCUGCCAAACGCAGGCCACGUGGCUCUUGCCGACGAGGAGCUGGCGAGCGAGAGCGAGGACGAGCGGGCGAAUGCAAAGACCCAGGAAGUUUUAAAGGCGAGCGCGGGACAGCUCACAAAGCAGAGGCGUGUCCGGAAGCCGCGGCCAGAGGUGGAGAGCUUUCUCCUUCGCUUCAACCUGGGUCCUCCUGAAGGCUUUCCAGAUCCUGGCUCAGCGGACGAGGAGGAAGGCGAGCAAUCGCCAACCUUUGCCGGCCAGCCGGGCCAAGCGACCGCGGAGCUGCGGGUGGAAGGUGAGAAGGAGGGGGACGAAGAGGCGGAGCUGACCCGACUCAUACGGGAGAAGCAGAGCGAGCUGGAGGCGGCGAAGCGAAGGUGGUGUGAGAGGAAGGAGCGCCAGCAGGGGGAGCGGGAGGAGGAGGAAGGCCUCCUCCGAGAUCUUCUGGAGAAGGACAAGAAGCGGGAGCUGGAGCGUGUCGAGCGUGAGAUGAAUGGGCUGCGCUCCACCUUCGAGUUUCAGCUACAAGCAGAAAAGAAGUGGGUGGAUGAGUUCAUCUCCACCAACAACUACCAAAACCAGUGGGUUUGCGUGUUCAAGCCAGCAAUGGUGAUCCGGAAGAAGCCCGCAGAGGACGGGCCGAUUACUCGCCGAAUCAUGUGCGACGAGGUGAUUAAAGCGAAGGGCAAGGUCACGGAUGACUACUGGAUCCAACUUGAAACUGAUGAGUGGGCCCUCACGUGGCACAAGGUCCAUGGCCAGCUGCUGCAGCGCUGGUUCGGGACCGAACAGCAGCGGUACCUCGAUCUCCAGGCCAAGAUCGAGGAGAGGCGCAAGGGCCGAAACGAGACUUUUGUGGCCUAUCGGAGGAAGAAGAAGGAGAUUGAGCAGUGGAGCAUCCCUCCGGGUCCGUCCGAGGAAGAAAAAUGCGAGCUGGAGGACGAAGAAGGGGAGCAGCUUCACUUCGUGAUGGAGCCGAUCGUUAAAGAGAUGAAAGACUACAAGAGGCGCCUUCGGGAGCUUCGCCAGAAGCGCUUCGAAGCCGAAGCCGAGCGGCAGCGUCGCGACGCUGGAGCAGAGGGUCUCGCGGCCGCGCCUCUGCCGGCGGGCUUCGAGGCGGCCCUGGGCAGCGAGGAGGCGCAGGCGCCGGAAGCCAAGGCAGAGACCGAGACAGCCGAGCAACGGCCGUGGGAGGAGACAAAGCAAGCCGCAGACAAAGCCUUCAAAGACAAGGAAUGGAAUACGGCACUCUCACUCUACGGUCAGGCUCUGGAACUCGGUGGCGAUGCCUUAGAGUCCGCACAGCGUGCCACUUUGAUGUCAAAUCGGGCGCUUGUGUUUGCCAAGCUCUUUGACUGGGCGAAGAGCCUGGAAGAUGCGGUGGACGCAACGAUCCAGGAGCCAGACUGGCCCAAGGGCUGGUUGCGGCGGGCCACGGCUGAGCUCCGACUUUCCAAGAAUCGCGAGGCCUUGACCUCCCUCAAACGGGGCUUCAGCUGCGCUGGAAAGACGGCAGGUCAAUUCUUGACUUUGGCAACGGAGUGCGAGGCCGCCCUCUACAAUGAUCGGGAUGGUGGGGACGAUCCGGAUGCCCCGGUGUCGGCCGUCGAGCGGAUCGAGAAGUUCAAGGAGGGCGCCUCCUUGGCCUUCAAGCAGGGAACUCAUGGGGUGGCAGUCCUGCUUUACACCAGGGCUUUGUACCACCGCUCCAUGAUGGAGUCCAAAGACGAGGCCGUCGUCCUCUCGAACCGGGCCGCUUGCUUCUUGAAGCUGGAGCUUCCCAAGGAGGCUUAUGCAGACGCCAUGGCUGCAUCGGAGAAGGAUCCAAUUUGGUCGAAGCCUUUGGUUCGAGCGGGUCAGGCAUCCCUGAUCCUGGACGACUUCAAAGCAGCGUAUGCCUGCUUUGCCAAGGCCCGGAGGCUGGACGAACAUUACGAGGCGGCUAACGAUGGCGUUAACAGUUGUCUCCAGAAGAUCAUACGCUGGGAAUACUCCGCAGCGGCCAAGCGCUGGGCGAAGUUCGGUGUGGAUCGGCGACGGCCUCGCAAGGAGCUUCGUAUCUGGGCGUUGAGUGAUGUCUUCUUCGACCAGCACGGAGUGCCUGAGUGGUGCAAGAGCCUGUCUUCGUCCUUCUUCCGCGAUGACGUGCUGAUGUUGGCUGGAAACUUGGCCGACUCCUUGCCGCAGCUGAGAUUUGCUCUAACGGUACUGAAAAGCAAGUUCCGUCGCAUCUUCUACGUGCCCGGAAACCAUGACCUCUGGGUGCGCCGGGUGACGCUGAGCAGCAUCAUCAGGGGGGAGCAGGUCAAAGAUGAGCAGAGGGAAGCUCGACUGCAGACCAGCAUGCCAGAAUCACAUUACACGGCGCAGGAUACGAUGGCACAAGGCAGUCUCGGAUCAAUGCCACUGAUUAUGAUAUCAGGAGAGUCUUCGCUUCGCGAUCCAUAA